ACUGUAUCAGCACGUUAUGUACAGACCAGUCAUAGCCUCCCACAAAUCUUUCCCACCAUGGAUCGUCAUCCUCGGUGUGCUUGGAGUGCUGGCAGUCCUUGGGCUAAUUAUUGGACUCUUAGUUCACUUUCUGGCAGUAGAAAACAAGAUCUUCUACUAUCAAGGUAGUUUUAAGGUGUUGAAUAUUCCAUAUGACAGAAAUUAUGAAAGGGAGACAUCACUAGAAAGUAACUACCUCAGCAAAAUCCUCGAGAUUAAAAUGGUUGAUGCCUUUCAGAGUUCUAACAUUUACAAACAAUAUAUCAACUCUCAGAUCAUCACAUUGGCUCCUGAUGACAACAGCGUGACAGCACAUAUAUGGCUGGUGUUUAAGGACCCGUGGUCAAACAAGGAAAACCUAAGAAAGAGAAUUGAAAGCAUCUUACAUCAGAUGCUGGAGAACAACUCAGGAUCCCUGACUACAGAUCCGGGGUCUCUGAAGCUCACGGAAAUCAGUAAGGUUGAUGCUGAGAAGAUUAUCAACAACCGCUGCGGGAGACGACCAAGAAUGUCUGCAACCUAUGACAGAAUCACGGGAGGUUCCACUGCUCACAAAGGAGAGUGGCCAUGGCAAGCGAGUCUCAGAGUGGAUGGUAGACACUACUGUGGGGCAUCCCUAAUCGGCGAAAGAUUUCUGCUAACAGCAGCUCACUGCUUUCAAAGGACAAAUAAUCCAAAAAACUUAACUGUUAGCUUUGGCACUAGAGUAACUCCAGCCUACAUGCAGCAUUCUGUUCAAGAAAUUAUUAUUCAUGAAGAUUAUGUGAAAGGGGAACACCACGAUGACGUUGCAGUUAUAAAGCUCACUGAAAAAGUUUCAUUCAGGAACGAUGUACAUCGGGUUUGUCUUCCGGAAGCCACGCAGAGUUUUCCACCAGGUGAAGGAGUCGUUGUUACAGGAUGGGGAUCACUUUCUUACAAUGGUAAAUCUCCACUGUUACUUCAGAAAGCAUCCGUUAAAAUUAUUGACACAAAUACUUGCAAUUCUGAAGAAGCUUAUGGAGGCAGGAUAUUGGACACAAUGCUCUGCGCUGGCUACUUGGAAGGCAAUAUCGAUGCUUGCCAGGGUGACUCUGGAGGACCGCUAGUUCAUCCCAAUUCAAGAGAUAUUUGGUACCUUGCUGGGAUAGUGAGCUGGGGACACGAAUGUGGCAGAGUCAACAAGCCAGGGGUCUAUAUGAGAGUAACUUCCUACCGUGACUGGAUUGCCUCCAAGACUGGUAUCUAGUAGAAAACCAUCUUCUAACAACUAAUUCAGAGCAUAUUGCCUGAUAGUCUAUCACUGGACAUCCAUUUCUUUAUUUUUUUUCCAUUGUAUAUGUGUGUGUCUCUGUGUGCUUUUGCAUAUGUGUGGGUAAACGUGUGUUUGUGCUCGUAUAUGUAAGUGUGCAUGUAAACAGAUGUGUAAGUUAAUGUUAAGAAUCAUCCUCAAUAAUUUCAACGAGACAGGCUCUUGAUUAAACCAAGAGCUCUCAGAUGUAUACUGUCUUACUAGUCAGGUUGCUGUUAGGACCACCUAUUUCUGUCUUCUAAGGAUGGGAGUACAGCCAGGCUUCUAUACUCACCAGGUGUUUAUGAACAUCCUGGAAAUCUCCCAUUUCUAGCCCUCAGGCUUUCACCCUUAACCACUGAGCAAUCACAGCUGGUUUAAACAUUAUUAUUUUGGAUGUAUGAGUGUUUCCCCCUGCACCACAUAUAUGCCUAGAGGUCAGAAGUGGGUACUGUAUCCUCUGGGACUAGAGUUACAGACAGUAUGAGCCACCCUAUGGGUGCUGGGAAUUGAACACUGGUCUAUUAGAAGAACAGCCAGGCCUCUUAACCAUGGAGCCAUCCCCACUCAGUACUUCACAUGCUUUUUAAAUGUGUAUAAUGGUUAUUUUGAAAGAAUUAUAGCCCUAAGGGAAUAUAUGUAAACUUUAAAGCAAAUUAAACAAGACAAAAUUAGAGACCUUGAAUUUCUUGGUUCAGGAAGUCCUUAGCCAAGAAAGUACUCCCACCAAAAUACCUGUGAAAUACUAUUUGUGUCCUGGUUUAUCAGCCUAUAUUAUUGCUAUUUCAGUACAUAAGGUUCUUAGGUUUUGUGAUAUAGACUUUGUCGAACUGUGGAAGCAUGGGACCGACUGUGGUGAUUUAUCAGAAUGUAUGAGGGGAGAGUAGUGCCUCCC